GGGGGGUAUCAGGGACCCAGGCAUUGUGCCUAUCCCCCGUGCCAUGUGGGAACUGCGGUCAGCCUCCUUCUGGAGGGCCAUAUCUGCUGAGUUCUUUGCCACCCUCUUCUAUGUCUUCUUCGGGCUAGGGGCCUCACUGCGUUGGGCCCCUGGACCACUGCAUAUCUUGCAGGUGGCUUUGGCCUUUGGCCUGGCCCUGGCUACACUGGUGCAGGCUGUGGGCCACAUCAGUGGAGCCCAUGUCAAUCCUGCAGUCACUUUCGCCUUCCUUGUGGGCUCCCAGAUGUCCCUGCUCCGUGCCUUCUGCUACAUGGUAGCCCAACUCCUGGGAGCCGUGGCUGGGGCUGCCGUGCUGUACAGUGUUACCCCAACUGCCAUCCGAGGAAACCUAGCACUUAACACGUUGCACCCUGGGGUGAGUGUGGGCCAGGCCACCAUAGUGGAGAUCUUCCUGACGCUCCAGUUCGUGCUCUGCAUCUUUGCCACAUACGACGAGAGGCGGAAUGGCCGCCUGGGCUCCGUGGCCCUGGCCGUUGGCUUCUCCCUCACCCUGGGGCACCUCUUUGGGAUGUAUUAUACUGGUGCAGGCAUGAACCCUGCCCGCUCCUUUGCUCCUGCCAUUCUUACCAGAAACUUCACCAACCACUGGGUGUACUGGGUGGGCCCAAUCAUUGGAGCAGGCCUGGGCAGUCUCCUUUAUGACUUUCUCCUCUUCCCCCGGCUCAAGAGUGUUUCUGAGAGACUGUCUAUUCUCAAGGGUGCCAAGCCCAGUGACUCCAAUGGACAACCAGAGGGCACAGGGGAACCUGUUGAACUGAAGACCCAGGCCCUGUAAAAGCUCCAGCUGAAUAGAGGGAAUAGGAAGCUUCUGGGUUUACAUGGAGGGGCUGAGCCAGCCCCUGGAUAAAGAAAGAGACUGUGGGGAGGGGCAUGUACUUCUUUAUUUUUAAAUUUAUGUGUGUGUUUUAUUUUUUUGCCUUUUGCCGUGUGAAAUCUUUCAAGUUGCAUUC